AUGAGCGAUGGGGGGAGCGAGGCUGGCCGACGCGCCCUCCUCCUGGGGGACCCCGGCGGCGCCCCGGAGCGAGCCCGGGACAAGGAGGCGCGCGCAGGCGCGCUGGAGAGCGCAAAGUUGCGCGGAGGGGCUCCUGGAGGAGGAGGUGGUGGAGGAGGAGGAAUCAAAGACCUGACGGCGGGGACCUCGGCUGCCAGCCCCGGCUCCUCCAAGGAGUGCGCCCCGGAGACGGAGAGCCAGCCCUCGGCGGGCGAGGCGGACUACUGCCGCCGGAUCCUGGUGCGAGAUGCCAAAGGGACCAUCCGGGAGAUCGUCCUUCCCAAAGGUCUGGACCUGGACCGGCCGAAGAGGACCAGGACUUCUUUCACCGCUGAGCAGCUCUACCGGUUGGAGCUGGAGUUUCAGCGCUGCCAGUAUGUGGUGGGCAGAGAGAGGACAGAACUCGCCCGGCAGCUCAACCUCUCCGAGACGCAGGUCAAGGUCUGGUUCCAGAACCGCCGCACCAAGCAGAAGAAGGACCAGAGCAGGGACUCGGAGAAGCACGCCACGUCCACCUCAGAGUCCUUUGCCACCUGCAACAUCCUGAGACUCUUGGAGCAGGGCAGGCUCCUGUCGGUUCCCGGGGGCCCCCCCAGCCUGCUCUCCCCUGCUCCCAACCCCGUCGGCAACCCCUCUGGAAACGGGUCCUCGAUGGGCGCGUCAGGGAACACUUCGCCAGGCCUGGGUGGCGGGGGCAGCCCUCCGGGGACGGGGGCCUUCAGCUUGCAGGUCCCCUCACUGGCCGCCCCCUCAGCGCCCCCUCGGCUGCCGCCGGCCCCUCUUUGCUUUGGCGGCCCCUUGCUGGGGACCCUCCACGAGCUCCCCAGUGGAUACGGACUGGGCACCUCCGCCUUUGAGCCUUACACGCGGCUGGAGAGGAAAGACAGUGCGCUAGCCAGCAAGAAGCCAAGCCCUUAA